AUGAUGUAUGCUCAUUAUUGCUCAUGCUUUAUGCAUAUCAAACAGGUGGGUGGGUUUGUCCCUGAAAGCAAAAAUAGGUGGAAGUUUGGAGAUUUGUAUUACUAAAUAAUUUUCUGACUUGUCUAAUGCUUUUUAUCGGAAUACGUUGAUCAAUCUUUAAAAAAAUGGCAAGUGGCGAUCCGUCCUGUACCAACAAAAGCGAUUCUUCCCUAGCUCAGGAAAGUUCAAUCAACGACGCUUAUUCGGCACCUGAGGCUAGAUUUGAAUGCCCAAUUUGUUUAGCUUGGCUGAGGAAUCCAGUCUUGACCUCAUGCGGACACCGGUUUUGUAAAAACUGCAUUUAUUCCUGGUUAGAGAGGGAAAGUGCUUGUCCUGUUGAUAACAUGAAACUGAAUCGAGAGGACAUAUUUCCGGAUAAUUUCACUAGACGUGAAAUAUCUCAGCAAAGAACUAAGUGCCCCAAUAUUAUCCGUGGAUGUUUGGUGGAGCUUUCACCUUUAGAUAUAGAGUAUCAUCUGACCAUUUGUGAGUUUAAGCCACCAGAGUUGCCAGAUAAUGAAAAACUACGAUGCUUAUGUGUCGGUGUCGGUUGUGAAGAGAAAUUUGAAGAUGAGCCCGAGUUGCAACGGCAUUUGGAGCAGCAUAUACAAAAGCAUAUAUCCCUGUUAUCACAAGCUUAUACAAAAAUAACUUUGAACGGCAACAUGGCUAUUAGUUCUUCAGCUAUAGCUCAGCAGGCAAAUUUCUGGGAUCCUCCUGCUAAAAAUGAAGCACACUCUAUUGCGAUUGAUGAUAACCUCAAAGAAUUAUUAAAAGUAUUAUAUGAAAAAAAUGUAUUUUUGGAACAGAAAACACGGGAACAAGAUAUAAUAAUAGCAAAUAUGUCUCAACAAAUUUCGUCCAUGACGAAUUUGUAUCAGGUAUAUUGCAAUGGUUGCUAUUUAUGGUAUUUCACUGAUUUCAAAAACAAAAUCAACGACAUGAGACAGAAUCCUCGUUUGAUGCACUACAGUCCAGGGUUCUAUACUUCAGUCAAUGGUUACAAGUUAUGUAUCAGAUUGAAUUUGUCUCCGAAAAACAACAAUUAUUUGUCAAUUCAUAUACAUGUUAUGAAAACUGAUCAUGACCAAGCCUUAGAUUGGCCCUUUAGUGGAAGACUGAUGAUAACUGUGGUUCAUCCAGAGCAAUCUUCCAAAAGCAUAAAGGAAACCAUGAUGACCCAUCCAGAGUUGGAUGCUUUCAAACGUCCUGAGGAAGAUAUAAAUCCAACGGGAUUUGGAUUUAAAGAGUUCGUCUUGGUUAAUGAACUUAUAGACAACAAUUAUAUUAGCAAUAAUCAUUUGCUGAUAAAAGUUCAGGCCCAGACAGUGUAACAGUGUUGAUUGUUAUAUAAAAGUAAUCUUUCCCAGCUCAGUGUACUCGAAUCAAGGAUAAAUUAAUUUUAUCUCUUAUAUAGAAGACUGAAUGUUGACUUAGAAUUUCUCUAACAUUCCAGUAUUUCUUUAUCUCUCUUGAGAUGAAGUUGAUAAGUGAUCUAUUGUGAAAGUAUGAGAUUAUUUCCAAAUAUAUAUAUUUUUACGAUGGUAUGAAUGAUUA